CCGUGCCCGUUCCGAGAGCCGAAGGCCGAAUCGGUCGGUAGCGCGUUGGCCACCAACCGUGGCAGUAUCUGCAGGUGGCGGUGCCGCGUAGCAAAUGCAGCCGACGGAAAAGCACCCGGGUGCACCACCAUCCGACAACAACGGCAGCGAAGACAGCGAUACGGCCGCCGGAGACAAGCAGCGCACCAAAAACGGCACCAUGUCGAUAGACAAUCGGAUCACCGAAAUCGAAAACUCUAUCCGAAACCCGCGGAGACCCACACCGCCAUCCAUGACAUUUCCGGCGCAGUCCACGACGGGCCGUCCGAACCGUGUUGGCGGUGUCAUGGGGGGUGGCCCAGGACCAAACAGGCCGGUCGUGCUGUCACUGCCCGUCAUGGAGCAGCGCCGCAGCGAAUCGGAGCUCAAGUUUCAAAAGAUUGUCGAUAAGAGCGGUCUGCUGAAAAUCAACAACCAAAUCUACCGGACGCCCCAGAGCGAGCUGGAAGAUCUGGGCGAGUUGGGCAACGGCACUAGCGGGCACGUAGUGAAGAUGCGGCACAAUCCGAGCGGUGCCAUCAUUGCUGUGAAGCAAAUGCGGCGCACCGGAAACGACGAGGAAAACAAGCGCAUCAUCAUGGACCUGGACGUGGUGCUCAAGUCCGAGAACUGCAAGUACAUCGUGAAGUGUCUCGGUUGCUUCAUCAGCGAUGCGGACGUGUGGAUCUGCAUGGAGCUGAUGACGACGUGCUUCGAUAAGCUGCAGAAAAAGUCCAGCAAACCGGUGCCGGAGGAAAUUCUGGGCAAGGUGACGGUAGCGACGGUCCGUGCCCUCGCCUACCUCAAGGACAAUCACCGCGUGAUCCACCGAGACGUGAAGCCCUCGAACAUACUGAUCGACGAUCGGGGGAACAUCAAGCUGUGCGACUUUGGCAUUAGUGGCCGGCUGGUGGACUCGAACGCUCGCACACGGUCGGCCGGAUGCGCUGCAUACAUGGCGCCUGAGCGAAUCGAUCCCUCGAAUACGGUUUACGACAUCCGGGCAGAUGUUUGGUCGCUGGGCAUCACGCUGGUCGAGCUGGCUACGGGUGUGUUCCCGUACCGGGGCUGCGUCAACGACUUCGAGGUGCUGACCCAAGUGCUCACUUCGAACCCGCCCCGUUUGCCCGAGGACCAGCACUUUAGUGUCGAGUUUCGCGAUUUCGUGCAGCGCUGUCUGCAGAAAGACUACCUAGCGCGCCCAAAGUAUCCGGAUCUACUGCGGCAUGCCUUUCUGCAGCGUGCCGAACACGACACCACCAUCAACGUCGGCGAGUGGUUCCGCAACGUGGCCGUCAAUUGUGGCAUUCAGCUGACCAGUCCGCCGCAACCUGCUGCCGGUGCCACCGCAGCAAUCGCCGCCGCUUCCGGUGUCUCACUUGCCGGUGCCUGUGCCGCGUCGUCGGAACAAACCAGAAUACCGACACCACUGGGAAGCUUGACGGAAGCGGUGCAGGCACAAUCGAACCAACAAAAGCAAACCAUCGCCAUCGCUGCCUCCUCGAUUCCCAUCAAAUCCGGCGCCAACUGUAGCACCAACAGCAGCAGCAGCCCGUUCAUUAUGGCAAACUCAUCGGCCCCACACAUCAUUGCCGCUAACAACAACAACCACAACAACAGCAUGGAGCCCAACAACCUCAGCCACCGGCCACAGAUAUCGGCGGAGCAUCACCUUCACCAGCAACUGCAUCAACAGCAGCAGCAGCAAAUGAUACAGAGCAAGCUCAGCACCAUUAGCCUGGCGACGCCCACAGCCACCGUCGGAGCGCCACAGCCUCACGCAACAACUACCUCGUCUUCCUCUCCGGUGUUCGAUCCCCGGCGAACGCCCUCCCCUCAGGCACCGUAUCUAUCGAAAUUGCAACCAAAAAGUGCCAUUACUAGCACCAGCGUCCCAAUCGUGGCCGACCGAAAUGGUGGAUCACUCGGUCCCGACCACCACCACCAGCAGCAGCAGCAGCUUCAUCACCAUCCGUUGCCCCGCAAGUACAAACAUUCGCCGUUCCUGUCACGACGGCCUGGCGGUGGCUCCAGCGGUGGCGGCACGGCCGAGUACGGUAGCGGAAGCCCAAAAAAGGAGUCCUCGCUCAGUAGUCUCGGUCAGAGCAUCUUCAAGAACCUAACCACGUCGCCAUUUUCGUCACGCAAAACGAUGCCGGCCGGUGGCGAUCCGAAACUAACCAUCGUUUCGCCACCACCACCGCCGAUGUACGGUGACGUGACCGGAGCGACGUAUCAGAAUGCGUUUGCGCACACCAACGGGUCGGGUGGACCGGCGCUAGGCAAUCCUUCUUCCUCCUCGCCCUUGAUUCUACUCCGGAAGGCGCACGAACCGUCGCCGGCACACGAUGAUACUCAGUACAAACAUCUGCAGGGAAACACUAGUCCAAUUGUUCUUCAGCGGUUCUAUCACCAGCAGAACCAACUGUUGGAACAGCAGCGCGAAGCAUUGCACCAGCAACAGACGGCAAUCUACGUGUCCCAUGGGUACGUUACCACGGCAACCGGCAGUGGCAGUGCGAUCGACGGUUCACCGCGCAUGAUACGCUACAGUCCGCUGCCGGCACACCGCACCGUUCACCAUGGGGUGCACCCGGUGCUGUCUGCGACACCGCCAUCGAACCACCUGUACGACGCAUCGCCCCUACCGCCCUCCGGUAUCCCCGUGUACCAGCAGCAGCAUCCGUGUGCUGCAACGAACAGCCCCAAGCACCGGGCACCUUCGACGUCCUCCUCGUCCACCUUCUUCAGCACGUUCAGUCGGGGUAUGAAGGGUGCGGGCCGCUGUGACAAGGUGAUCGAUCGGAGCGGUGCCAGUGGCGGCACGACGGUGAUGCUCAAUAUGAGCGGAUCAUCACCUGCAGCAGAACGGUCCCUGUACGGUACGACAACGACCAGCACAAUGGCUCAACCGCUUUACCACGAUCGACAGCCGUCGGCUUUUGGUCGCCAUGGAAACCCAACGGCGACGGGAAGCACGGUUGAUGGUGGUGGUAUCAAGGACGAGACAGGCUGGUUUAAUUCCAUUGCAGAUUUGGCAAAGCGUCGGUUUGCAUCGUUCGUCAAGCUAAAUCUGAGCAACAAUGGCAACGGUGGUGGUGGUGGUGCCGGCACUGGAGGACCCUCAUCGUCGGGCGACAAGCGGACACUGAAGGAGAAGCACCUCUUCCAGCAGCAGUACACACCGUACCCGCAGCCUGCAUUCGAAUCCCCUGCCUCUACCGUUCCGUCGGCCAUCGGUGGCGGGUACGUGGUGCAGCCACCGUCGGCGAUACCCUCGACAAUCGGCCACACCGUUCCGAUGGGCAGUCACGUGCUCAACAGUGCCGCGGCCGAUCGACGACACCGUAGUCCUGAUCCUCCUCCAAGGUUCAAUCGGGGCCAAUCGCCACUGCUGCUGCAACGGAAGCUGGAACAACUGGGACACACGGGAUCGCCGCUGCUGAAUCGUAGACCGUUCACCUCAGCGUCACCGUCGCCGCCGCUUCCGCCACGGCGCGGCUCGGAAAGUGUUCCCGGUUCGCCGCAACAUUUGCGAACGCGUAUCAACUACACCCCGGAACCGCACCGGCGUCCCUACCGCACCACCACCAUAGACCAAUGAGUGGGACUCCAGAUACUGGUCAUGUGAUCCAUGUACAACUUUCUGCCGACCGACUAACGACGACAACCACGACCACGAGAAAGGAAACUCGCCUACUGCUGCAACGCUACGCGCUCUGAUGUGCUGGGCUUAGUGAAGUAGGCGCUGAUGUUGCUGAUUUUCCGUUGCUGCAACGCUCUCGAACGACAAAGCUUUGGGCCUCUUGUGCUCUCUCUCUUUCCCUUAAACACUUUCUAUCUCAAUGUCCCUCUCUCUCGCUCUCUCUGUCAGUUGAAUUCCGCAGCAAUAGGAAAAGCUUUCCCUGAUGGAAAUUGCCAACAAAGAGGGAUACAGAAAGAGAGAGUGAUGAGUGAGAUAGGAAAAGUUCCAUAAUAUAAAGCGAACUCGAACGAUAUGACACACCUGACUCACCGUACAUUUCCUGCGGAAAGCUAGAAAGACAACCAAUACGAUAGAAGAAAAAGAUGAAGAUUGGGGCGGUAAUAGACGUAACUCUAUUGUUGUGAACCGAACGAACGAGACACAUAACCACGCAACGGAACGGACGACGGAACACGCUCGUUGCUGUAAAAUUUUGGUAGGUUAGGAAAAAGUUAGCCUUUUUUACGUACUCCCCAAGCCACCACCGGGUGGUUCGGACCGCCCGUUAUAUAUUGUGAUCGUAGUAGGCCCCCCACACCGGGGCGCGCAUACGUGAAUGCUUUGAUUUAUACAUAUAACGUACAUAUAUAUAUAUAUUUU